UAAAGCCAAUAAAAUAUUAUAGUCACAGUGAUAUUUACUUUUAUUAAAAAUACAAUUAGCAUAAGACUGAUAUUAGUUCGUUUUAAAUAAAUAAUGUUAAUACGGCUUGCCAUAGCCUACACACAUACACACACAUACAUGCGCACAUGAGAAAGCGACAGCGGAUUACAACCUCCAGCGGCCGCGCGCACAUCUGCCUAGAUGUUUACGUAAUAUAUAUGUGGUUUCUCUGUGAGCUUCGGGUCAAAGAGACGCCUUCCGUUUUGAUUUACUGAGCAUCUGCGUUUAUUUAUUUAUUUUUUGUAGCAAUACAGCUAUGUAAAUAAGCGCAAGGUUUCCGUGCCGUCCCUUUAACCUGAAAACUGUCGGACUCUGUCAGCUCAGUGCGCAAUAAGAUCGUUUUUCAUCGCUAGCGACUGCGUGGACGCCACUGGUCACUCCACUGGGCAUGUAAACGCGUCUCUGCGCACUCGACCUUUUUACGAUGUUCGGCGAGGAUGCGCUGGCGUUAACGGCACCGUUAUGGUCCCCUGAAGAUGCACUAAAUGUAGAAGUAUAGCCAUGGCUGCAUGUGUGAGAGGGUGCUCGAGUGUGUGAUUGAACAGAAUGGGGAAAGAACAGGAACUCUUGCAGGCGGUGAAGACUGAGGAUCUGAUUACCGUCCAGCGGCUCCUCCAGAGACCCAAACAGGGCAAAGCGAAGCUCCUGGGUGCUGCUAAAAAAGUGAAUGUGAAUUUCCAGGACACAGAUGGGUUAUCUGCUCUGCAUCAUGCUGCUCUUAAUGGUAACGUGGAGCUGAUUUCACUGUUGCUCGAGUCGCAAGCUCUCGUUGACAUCAAAGACCAGAAAGGGAUGCGGCCCUUACAUUACGCUGCUUGGCAGGGCAAGUGUGAGCCCAUGAAAAUGCUGCUUAAGGCGGGCUCAUCACUCAACAGCCAAUCAGAUGAGGGACAGAUGCCUUUACACCUCUCAUCACAGCACGGCCAUUAUGAAGGAAGUGAGAUGCUGCUCCAACAUCAGUCGAACCCCUGCCUCAGAGACCACGCUGGGAAAACCCCUCUAGACUUGGCCUGCGAAUUUGGACGAUUCACGGUGGUGCAGUUGCUCCUGAACAGUAACAUGUGUGCUGCUAUGUUAGAACCAAAGCCCUCUGAUCCCAAUGGCAUCAGCCCGCUCCAUUUGGCUGCCAAGAAUGGACAUAUUGAGAUCAUCAAGUUACUGAUCCAUGCUGGUAUAGAUAUAAACCGUCAGACGAAAUCAGGGACAGCGUUGCAUGAAGCUGCUCUCUGUGGGAAAACCGAGGCUGUACGACUGCUGCUGGAUAGUGGUAUCAGUGCCGGAGUGAGGAACACAUAUUGUCAGACAGCGCUGGAUAUUGUUAACCAGUUCACCACUACCCAAGCCAGCAAGGAAAUCAAACAGAUGCUGAGAGAUGCAUCAGCUGCCAUGCAAGUGAGGGCUCUGAAGGACUACUGCAACAACUAUGACCUGACAAGCCUCAAUAUUAAAACAGGCGACACCAUCACGGUUUUGGAGCAGCAUUCUGAUGGACUAUGGAAGGGCUGUAUCCACGACAACCGUACAGGAAAUGACCGCGUGGGUUACUUUCCAUCCAACAUGGUGGAAGUCAUCAAAAGGGCAGGUCCCUCGACCCAACAGUAUCUUAAGAUACAGAUCCGUCCGCCAGCAAUCGGUUCAGUUGUCAUUGUGAACGGUGACUCCUCCCACAUUUUUUCUCUGCACCUCACUCCCCAACCCCCUUCUACCCAGCCCCUUACCCAUCAGCCCCUCUUCACCUCAUUUGGCUAUAAUAUGCCUGCCUGCAGCACAUUUGGGUAUGAACCAGCCUCCUCCUGCUCAGAGGAGCCACAAAAAGAGACAGGCUCAAGGGGAUCUGUUUCCAGCCCUCAUGGUUCUCCAACCUUCAGUGGCCAGCAGAGCAGUGCUAAUGAGGAGAUUUGGGUACUGAGAAAACCUAUAGCUGCAGUGGGCAGUGUUGGCAGUAUGGGCAGCACAGGCAGUCUCACCAGUGGACGUACAUCUACUGGCGGACAAAGCAGUAAUGCCAAUGCUCACCUCACCAACUCACCUGUGCCAGUGCCAACCACCCCCACACACUCACCCGGAGUAAACACGCAUGGCAUUAAUGUCCCAGGACUUCACGCUCAGGCCGAGGGUGUGAAGCUGUUGGCCACGGUGCUGUCCCAGUCAGCAAAAGCAAAAGAACAUCUUAUGGACCAAUCUCAGUCUUUAGAUCCUAAUUCAGCACCUUCUCAGUGCACACAUAGCGCAUCUGCUGUCCCACGUCAGCAAAGGAAGAAACCCUUUGUGGAUCCAUUGCUCCAAAGGAAAGAUGAAACUUCAGCUGAGAACAAGAGCUCAGAGGCUGCUGUUGAAUGGCUCACUAGUGCACAGCUGCAGUUCUACACAACAAACUUUCUCACUGCUGGUUAUGACCUGCAGACCAUAAGCAGAAUGACAGCAGAGGACCUCACUGCUAUUGGGGUGACAAAACCAGGCCACAGGAAGAAAAUGCUUUCAGAAAUCAGCAAGUUAAACAUCCCAGAUUGGAUACCUCAAGAAAGAACUUCAAAUCUGGCUGAAUGGCUGUCUGCAAUUGGUCUCAGUCAAUACUACCAGACUCUGGUUCAGAACGGCUACGACAAUAUGGUCUUCAUUAGUGAUAUUACCCUGGAGGACCUAAAGGAGAUCGGCAUCACUAAACUAGGACACCAGAAGAAGUUGAUGUUAGCAAUCAAACGACUGAGUGAAUCUCCAGAACCAUAUAUUCCCACCAAGGAGAGCCAGUUAGAAGGAAGCACAGAUUCCAAACUAUCAUUAGAAACUAGCACAGAACCAGAUGAGAACUCUGUCCCUUCUGUUCAUAUACGUAAAAGAACAGAGGGGCGUAGCUCUCCCAGGCACAGCACCCAAGGGCGGGGCAUACAAAGAGCUAAUGCGCCCCCUCCUCUGAAGAAACCCAGUUCAAUUGAGAGUCCCAUCCCAACACCUCAACAAACCCCUACUAAGGGAAGAACUUCAUCUUCUGCUUCAAAUUCCCCUUCACACAUUCCUUCCUCCCUGCUAAAAACACACAGCAGGACCAGAGGGCCUUGUGACUCUCCCCGUUCACAUGCUCAUGCUCGUACAGUCCCGUUACUUUGCCUACCAUCUGAAGGAGAAACCAAAGUGGGCAAUGGUCAAACUCAGCCCCAGCCAAGACGUGGACAGUCUAUUGCUACUGAUGCUGGUUGUGACUUACCCAUGCCAGACACCUCUGUGAAAUACGCCACACUAGGUGGACAUAGGGUUACUCCCAGCAGCUCUUCAAGAGCCUCUAGUGAAACCCUUGACAUCAACAGCGUCAAUCGCAGUCAGUCAUUCGCUACAGCUCGGCCGCGCAGACGGAUUCGUCCUCCAACUCCUCCAAAACGUUCAUGCUCUACCAUUUCCACUGGUAACCUGGCUGACGAGAUUGUGGCUGAUGAUGCAAGGUUUAGCGAAAAUAGGGCUAACAAUUUGUUACUCAAUGUGACAUAUAGGGAGCGCAGACGUAGCGACUGUGGCAUUGCCUCAGAAAAAACUUCAUCUGGGGGCAGUGUUAGAGACAUUGCAGCCAUGCUUGAAAUGUCCAAUCUCAGAAGCAGUGGUAAAGGAAGUGGUUAUCUGCAGGCAAGCCAUAACCUCCUGCGGCAGAACCGUGAAGUUCUGGAUUCCGACGUAGAUAGUCGCCGCCGCAAAAUAAGUGAAUUUUAUGACUCUCAUAAGCAGCCUGAUGAUGAUCUACAAGAGGCAGAGAUAAGCCAAUCCAUGCAGGAUCCCACACAUCUUAGACCAGCACCUUGUGAAACCCAACCAGUUAAACAGACCCCUGAACCACGCCCACGUUCCAUGAUCACUCAUUUGGAAGGUGGACUUUCCUCUCUGCCACAAGAGGAGUGGUCACGGAUGGAUGCCACAGCAACUUUGAGAAGACCACGACCACCACAUUACUCAGAUGGUGAACACUUUAAUCUGACAGAAACAAGUACUAUAAAGCGAAGACCCAAAGCAUUGGGUCCACCACAGAGUAAUGGCGUUGAUGGAGAUGGGCCAGAGAACUUUUGGAGAAGGCCUGUGUCUGAAGCUUGUGUUGGAGAUGGUGGUAGGGAGGAAGAAUUGCAACAUGAUGGCCUUGGUUCUCUUCCCAGACAAAUGAAACCCCCGGUUUCACCAAAACCAGCAAUGGCCCUUCGAAAACCUGAUCCCCCAACUCCUACAAGGAGGGUUCCCUUACCUGGACCAGAAGGUCAACAUAGCCCAGUUGAGUUUAAGAAAGUCCCUCCUCCAGUAUCUCCCAAGCCAAGUCCUCCUAUACUGCCCAAACCAGUGAAAAUCAAGCCAAUUCAUACCAUCGGAACUCCCGGCUCUCCUCAGACAGAUGUUCUCAGCCCAUCCAGUGCCUCCUUUAUCCCCAGUCCAACUGAGCGACUGGAGCAUACAUCACAGAUUUUGAGUCCAGUCACCCCAAAACCACUGGAUGGGACCAUGCUUUCCCCACAUACAGCAACGUCUCCAGCUCAGAGCCCACAGACGCCUCAGACUCCCCAAACUCCACAAACACCAUCUACACCAGGUUCAGGCUCGGCUCCAGUGAAGCCCCCAAGGUCUUCCAUGGCUGGUCUCUCAGUCGACAUCCCAAGCCCUCUGGAAGUGGAACUGCCUGGAGUGGAUGUACAAAAGAAUCUGAGAGAAGUAGAAAAACAGAGAGAGGAAGAUGAUGUUAGAAAGCAAGAAAGAGUAGAGGAAGUUGGAAUUUCUAGAGUGGAAAGGACAGGUCUGAUCCAGGUGGAUUCAACAUUUCAAGGUGAACAAGGCCUGAUUUCAGAGAUAGGGGAGGGAGCAGGACCAGUGGUAAUGAGCAGGAAGAAGGUAGGUGUAGCCAGACAGACACAAGUAGAGGGUGAACCACAAGAUGGAGAUAGAAGACAGACAGAGGUGGAAAGCCAAGGGUUAUUGAAGGUUGCUGAAACUGAGGGAUCUGCUUCAGGGGACAUGGUACAACUCAGACUGGAGGAGACCAGUGCAUCCCUGGCUGCUGCUCUAGAAGUGGUGGAGGAGAAGAUUAAGAAAGAUGACAGCACCAUUGUGGACAACAAGAGCACAGUCAACAUUCUUGAUGAUAUUGGCAGCAUGUUUGAUGAUCUUGCGGACCAGUUGGAGGCCAUGCUAGAUUAAAAACAAAGAGGUAUAUGAGAUGACCAAUGAGGUAUCCAUUAGGAGUGUGAAACAUGAGCUUUUUGAAGUCAAUAGGGAAAACUAGGGUGAAA